UUCAUCCCCAUACUGUCACUGUAUCAGUUUCGUCUGCAAAACCACUUAGAUAAAACCCUAACCGAAAAAGGGGAAGGGAAAAACCCCAGAAAUGAACCCAAUUGCGAGGCAAAUGUGGACGGUCUUCCGACGCCCAAGCGUCGGGUUCAACUCACUGAGUUCGGAGCUUCAACAAUGGCGGGGGAUUCGAGUGCAGGUUCGAAACAACAACCUGGAGCAAGCCCUAGCGUUCAUGCAGAGGAAGAUGCAAUCGAGCGGGAUCGAAUGGAUGAUCAAGCGCCAUCAGUCUCAUCACCUCAAGAACUCGGAGAAGCGCGUCUUGGCUCGCAAGAACCUCGAGCGCAGGAUUCGAUCCCAAGAAAUUGCUCGGAAACUCAAGUCCGUACUCAUCCGGAAAGUCAAGGGUAUGUGAGAGUAGUUCUGGAGGAGGUAUUUUCUUGAUUGUUGCUGCAUGCAAAGGGGCUCUGUAUGUUGCUGUUGAUUUGCCAGUUUGUUUUUUAGAACUUCCAUUCAGUACUUCCUUAUUUGUAAUAGUUGAACCAAAUACAAUUCCGCUGGUUUCCCAAAGAAUAUGAGUCAUUUUGGCAUUGGCAUGCUAACACUGUGGACCCGUCCACUUGGGAAGAGUAUGUAUUAUGUACUUGCUUGCAUGUUCCGUAUUUAGCAAGGAAUUGCGCCAAUGUUAAUAAAGUUUUUUUCAUUUGUACUA